CGCCCCUCCACUGGGGCCGUGUGCAACUCGGCAUAGACUACGGUGGCCGGUUGCCCUCGCGCAUCAUUCGACCUCCGCGCACCGCAGUCUAGGCAUCAGCCCUGCACUGUAUACGCGAAUCGGGAGCUCGACUCUCGUAGCGACACGACGAACAGGAUAAGUUAAGCAAGCACAAUGCCUUUCAAACCCGCAGACAACCCUAAGUGCCCGAAGUGCGGCAAGUCCGUAUACGCGGCAGAAGAACGAGUCGCCGGUGGACUCAAAUGGCACAAGAUGUGCUUUAAGUGUGGUCUGUGCCAGAAAUUGCUGGAUUCCACUAACUGCACAGAACACGAAGGUGAACUUUUCUGCAAAAUGUGUCACGCACGUAAAUUCGGACCAAAAGGCUAUGGCUUCGGUGGAGGUGCUGGCUGCCUAUCCAUGGAUGCCGGAGAACACCUAAAGGCUGAUGGCCAGACCACCGUACGCAUGAAUGGAGCCUGUAUGGAGCCACGUAUGAUAGCGAAGGCUCCGCCUGGGCAAGGUUGUCCCCGUUGUGGCGGCUAUGUGUACGCUGCUGAACAGAUGUUGGCUCGCGGACGGGGAUAUCACAUGAGAUGCUUCAAUUGCCUUAUUUGCCACAAACAACUUGAUUCCAUAAUACAUUGUGAUGGACCAGAUAAAGAAAUAUAUUGUCGAGUAUGUUAUGGAAAGAAGUUUGGGCCUAAAGGAUAUGGUUAUGGCAAGGGAGCCGGAGUUUUGCAGAGUGAUCCUUACGCCAAUGGUGAGCAGGCACCCAGGACUACGGUGAUCGAUACUGCCGCUAUCCAGGCGCCACCGGGCAAAGGCUGCCCGCGCUGCGGAGGCGUUGUAUAUGCCGCAGAGCAAGUCUUAGCUAAGGGUCGUGAAUGGCAUCGCAAGUGCUUUAAAUGCCGCGACUGCACUAAGACCUUGGACUCUAUACUCGCCUGCGACGGACCUGAUGGUGAAGUCUACUGCAAAACUUGCUACGGAAAGAAAUGGGGUCCUCACGGUUACGGCUUCGCUUGCGGCUCCGGUUUCCUUCAGACCGACGGUUUAUCCGAGGAUGAGAUUUCUGCCAACCGUCCAUUCUACAACCCAGAUACUACCAGCAUCAAGGCGCCCAAAGGUCAGGGCUGCCCACGAUGCGGUGGAAUGGUGUUUGCGGCGGAACAACAGUUGGCUAAAGGAACUAUGUGGCACAAGAAGUGCUUCAACUGCGCCGAAUGCCACCGGCCCUUGGACUCGAUGCUAGCGUGCGACGGCCCCGACAAGGAAAUCCAUUGCCGCGCGUGUUACGCUAAGCUCUUCGGUCCCAGAGGCUUCGGUUACGGACACGCACCUACACUAGUCUCCACCGACAGCGAGCCAGCCAUCACAUACAUGGAACAGAUGCCAUUCACUGGACAAAAGGCGGCCAAGGGUAAGGGAUGCCAACGAUGUGGUUUCCCUGUAUAUGCUGCUGAACAGAUGAAUUCAAAGAAUGGCUUAUGGCAUAAACGGUGCUUCGCAUGUGCAGACUGCCACAGAUCUCUUGAUUCCACUAAUCUAAAUGAUGGUCCAAAUGGUGAAAUUUACUGCCGUGGAUGCUAUGGUCGAAACUUCGGCCCCAAAGGCGUAGGCUUCGGGCUGGGCGCAGGCACAUUGACCAUGGCAUAGAUUAUGAAGCUGGACUUCAUAGGAUAUAUAACAUUAUCAAGCAGAUGCAUGGUGGUAGCAUAAAAGGAAUUUAAUCUAUUGCAUAAUAUUGCUACCUUCCAGUGGAUCAUACCAUUUAUUAAACUGGUUUUAAUAUUGGUUGAUAUUACCAAAAUGAGACUUGUGAACGAGAUUACAAUAAUUCAUAAGGCGAAUAUUUUAUGAUUAGAAAAUAUAAAUUAAGGUUACAUUCCUUUCAUAAUAUGUACAAACUGUGAUGAAUGUGUCUGGGCCCUUAGUUUAUAAAUUCGUCAUAAAAUAUUGUAGAGUAUGUUGUAAGAUGCAUAGACUUAAUAGAUAUUAAUAAGUAUGUAAGGUAUUUAAAUACUUUAUUUAAAUAAAUAAAUAAAAAGAACAAAAAAAAA